UCCCCUCCCCCGCGCCCCGCCAUGCCCGGGGCCGCGGCACGGCUGCUCUGAGCCGCCCCGCGCCGCCGCCGCGUCCCGGCCCGCCUUCUCCUCGCAGCUCCGCGGCCGUUUGGAAAACAGCGAGGCACAGCUCUUGAACAGAGUCCCUGCACUGGCCUUAUCCUGCAACUGAUAUGCUCCGCAGACGUGUUAUUGCACUUAAGAAUGAACAUUGAAGACAAGCUGGGAGGAUUAUUUCUUAAAUGUGGUGGCAUAGACCAGAUGCAGUCAUCCAGGGCUAUGGUAGGGAUGGGUGCAGUAUCUGACCAGUCCGGAGUGUCGGGAGAACGGCAAGAGGCGGUGCUUCAAGAUCGGACUAUGGCGCACCAGGAAAUUCUUGCACCAGACGAAGUGUUACAGGAAAGUGAACUUCGACAGCAAGAGAUGAUUUCACAUGAUGAACUCAUGGUCCAUGAGGAGACGGUAAAAAAUGAUGAUGACAUGGAUACGCAAGAUAGACUUCCUCAAGGGCUGCAGUAUGCUGUUAAUGUCCCUAUCAGUGUAAAGCAAGAAAUUACCUUUACUGAUGCAUCUGAACAACAGAAACGAGACAAAAAACAAAUACGAGAGCCAGUAGAUUUGCAGAAAAAGAAGAAAAGAAAACAGCGUUCACCAGCAAAAAUCCUUACAAUAAAUGAGGAUGGAUCACUUGGUCUGAAAACCCACAAAUCUCAUGUUUGUGAGCAUUGCAAUGCUGCCUUUAGAACCAACUACCAUUUACAGAGACAUGUCUUCAUUCAUACAGGUGAAAAACCAUUUCAGUGCAGUCAGUGCGACAUGCGUUUCAUACAGAAGUACCUGCUACAGAGGCAUGAGAAGAUUCAUACUGGUGAGAAGCCAUUUCGUUGUGAUGAAUGUGGUAUGAGGUUUAUUCAGAAGUAUCACAUGGAAAGGCACAAAAGAACUCACAGUGGAGAGAAGCCUUACCAGUGCGAGUAUUGUUUGCAGUAUUUCUCCAGGACUGAUCGUGUGCUGAAACAUAAACGUAUGUGCCAUGAGAACCGUGACAAGAAACCGAACAGAAGUGCCACCAAAGUUGGCUUUUUGCCAUCGGAGGAAGAUUCUGGUUUCUCUACGCCUAUGAAAGACAGCUCCUUGCCAAAGAAGAAAAGGCAGAAAACAGAGAAAACAAAAUCUGGAGAUAAGGACGGUACGGAUAAAUCAGAACAGAAGAAGGACAAAAAUGACUAUUUGCCUUUGUAUUCUGCUAGCACGAAAGUAAAAGAUGAAUAUAUGGUAGCAGAAUAUGCUGUCGAGAUGCCACAUUCUUCUGUCAGUGGGUCGCACUUAGAAGAAGCAAAUUCUGGGGAAAUACACCCACCCAAGCUCGUUCUCAAGAAAGUUAACAGCAAGAGGAGUCUUAAACAGCCACUCGAGCAAAGUCAAAGCAUUUCACCUUUAUCUACGUAUGAAGACAGCAAGGUUUCAAAGUAUACCUUUGAUCUUGUGGAUAAACAAAGUUUACUGGACUCUGAAGGUAAUGCUGACAUUGAUCAAGUUGACACGUUACAAGAAGGGCCCAGUAAACCUGUGCACAGCAGCACUAACUAUGAUGAUGCAAUGCAGUUUUUAAAGAAAAAGAGGUAUCUACAAGCAGCUAGUAACAACAGUAGAGAAUAUGCCUUGAAUGUAAGUACCAUAGCAUCUCAGCCUUCUGUAACACAGGCAGCUGUGGCAAGCGUCAUUGACGAAACUGCUACAGCUUCAAUAUUAGACACACAGGCACUGAAUGUUGAAAUUAAAGGCAGCCAUGACAAAAAUGUCAUUCCAGAUGAGGUGCUGCAAACUCUGUUAGAUCAUUAUUCACACAAGGCUAACGGACAACAUGAGAUCUCCUUCAGUGUGGCUGACACUGAGGUGACCUCCAGUAUAUCAAUCAAUUCUUCUGAAGUAUCUGAGGUCACCCAAUCUGAGACAGUUGGAACAAGCUCUCAAGCUUCCUCAUCAGAUAAAGCUAGUAUGUUACAGGAAUACUCAAAGUUUUUACAACAAGCUUUGGACAGAACUAGCCAAAAUGAUGCCUAUUUGAACAACCCAAGCCUUAAUUUUGUGACUGAUAACCAGACUCUUACAACCCAGCCAGCAUUUCCUUCCAUAGAGAAGCAGGUCUACACGUCUAUACCCGUCAACAGCUUUCGCUCGGGAAUGAACUCUCCAUUAAGAACAACUCCAGACAAGUCUCAUUUUGGACUAAUGGUUGGUGAUUCGCAGCACCCUUUUCCAUUUUCAGGUGACGAGGCAAAUCAUUCUUCCUCCUCCUCUACACAGGACUUCUUGGAACAAGUAACUUCUCAGAAGAAAGCAGAGGCACAGCCUGUUCAUCAAGCAUAUCAAAUUAGCUCCUUUGAGCAGCCCUUCAGAGCUCAGUACCAUGGGGCAAGAGCUGGAAUAUCAUCUCAAUUUAGCACUGCCAAUGGACAGGUGAACCUUCGGGGACCAGGGACAAGUGCUGACUUCCCAGAAUUUCCCUUGGUGAAUGUAAAUGAUAGCAGAGCUGGGAUGACUUCUUCACCUGAUGCCACAACAGGCCAGACUUUUGGCUAAGAAAUCUUUGUAAAUAAUACUGGCACUUUAGAACACAUUUGUCAAAAGGGGGUUGCUCUGUGUAAGAUGGAGUUCUGUACAGCUUUUAAGAGCGCUAUGUUAAAACAAAAGUAAGCUGAUAUUAGCAAGACCAAUAACUGCUUUUUAUUUUUUAUUUUCUUUUUCCUGGUUAGUAACCAGUAAUUGAUCUGCCUCACGUCGUUGCCCUUAUCAAAGGCAGAUUAUUAUUCACUUGUUUGAAUCCAGUAAUUAUUUUAACUUCUAUAAAGUUUAAAAUAAACAGAAUCCCCAGGUAAGACUUUUCCCCCACGAUUGCUUCCUUACUGGUUUCCUCGUGUACUUUGGGAAGACAGUUUAUUGUCUGCUACUAUUCAUAUUGUCAUUUUCAAGCUUGUCAGUGUAGUCAUUGCUCUUCAUCAGGGAAUCAACAUGUACUAAACACACGGAAUAAACUACAAGUUUCCAAGUCAAGCAGAUAUGGCUUUAAAAGAUGGCAUUUCCUAGAAAAAUAACCUCUCUUCCAUCUCUCUCAAAAAAUAAUUUUAGACCUUACGCCCUUUAUUUCUGCUUUCCAUUACCUUGAGUUGUGUUUGGAGGAAAAAAUGAAUUCUGGUAGACUAACUCUACUAUUUAAAAGUCGAAUUGAUUUAAAAUUCUUUAAAUAAUUUUUUAAGCAAAUACAUAACUGCUAAUGCAUUUACUUCAUUCCUGAAGUAAUGUGUAUUUCUUUGUACAGCUGAAUCUAGAUGUAACUUUUUAAUGACUUUUUCAUAUGCAGAUAUCAAGAUUUUGAAGUUUUAGUUAAAAUAUUCUGUAGAUAACAUUCCCAAUUACAUAAUGCUUACACAAACUGUGUAUUCCAAGAUUUAAAAGCUUAACUGUACCUUACCCUACAUACUCAUGAUUAACAUAGAGCACUUAGUCUAUUUGAUAGAUUUGAUUUCUCAAAAAAAAAAAAAGAAAAAAAUUUAGAUUUGUAGGUUUGAUAUGGUUGCAUCAUUUUCAUCUCAGACAGCUCCAAUUACCGCUUCCAAUAUGCAGUGAGAUUGGGUAUCCUGAGCUUCUGUCUUAAUUCUCUAUGUAGAAUUAUGACAAUUCAGCUCAUUAAAUUAAUCAAAAUAUCCCCAUAAGCUGAAGAAGUGGGCAUUCAAAAUUCAUGCAUCUUCUUAAUGUUUAAUUAGAGAAAGUCAUUACAAUUUUACCAACCAAAACUGUUGAGUAAUGCUAGUGAACAGGAUUUCUUUCUCAACAUAGAUAAGCAAUCAGAAGUUUUCAUUGCAUUUCACAAUAUAAAUAAACUACAAAGUUUAUCCCUGUACCACGAAUAUGGUUUUUUGAAUAGUACUUUGUCUUGAAGUAUACAGUAUGGUACGAUAAGUAGUUCUGUGUGCAUUUUUAAGGUGGUAAGAUUUGAGUAGCAUAACUAUUGUGUAGUUUAAGUUAACAAUUUACAGAUUUUUGAACUGUAUGUUCAUAAUAUUGCACCUUCCCUAAAGGGACGCUGUCUGGUAGUUUAAGGCAGUUUAAGCCUAAUGUAGGCUGAUUAACCAGGGAAAAACAUGCACACGCAGACACGUGUGUGUGUGUGUGUGUGUGUGUGAAUAUAUAUAUAUAUAUAUAUGUAUGUAUAUAUAUAUGUAUGUUUUUUUUAUAGGAUUGCAAACAUUCUUUUACAGCACUAUUGCUAGCUGGUAUUUCUCAAAUGAAGCCAUCAGGUAGGAGAAAAUACUGCAUCUCAAGGAGCUAUAAAGUAUAUCUUGUCUUUUGAAGGGACUCGAGCAGGGCACAAAAAAGUCCCCACCUCUUCUGAAAACAGUAGCAAUAUUUUUCUUUUUCUUUUCUUUUGUUUUCUUUUUUUCUUUUUUUCUUUUUUUUUUUUUGAUAGGAAGCUGAUUUUACACAGUCUUUUUUUUUUAUUUCUUCCCCUUAUGGUAUCACUAGUAAAGCACUAACUUCACUUGGUACAAUUCAGGGGGAAAGCAUGUUUGUAAUCCAUGGCUUGCUUCCUGCAUUGUCAGGAAAUAGAGAUUGCAUAAAAUUCUCACUAAAUAUUUUUGUAUAGGAAAACAGAUCAUGUUUUGACUUGUGUGUUUAAUAUAAGGAAGGUGUUUCUGCAUGUUAUCACUUACCAGUAAUUUGGUCUGAAUAUUUGGCCCUGAGUUAAAAAAAAGAGCUUGCAUCAAGGGAGAAGAGUAAAUUCCUUGUGGACUAUUAAUGAUACAUGUAAAGCAAAAAUUAUUGGAAAGAAUAUUUUCAACCUGAUUCAUGUCUCUGUUUUUCUUCCUUCGUGGUCAGUUGGUUGGUUUUUUGUUGGUUUCUUUUUUUUUUUUGGCUUUCCAUUCUGCUUUGCACAGAUGUAAUAAAUAUGGCCCCCAUAGCCUCGAAGCCACUUCCUGUUACACCUGUUUCGUUCUCAUUGUUCUAUUUCCAUGACAUCCCAGCUUGUGCUGCCUGCUUGGUAUGUUGUAGACAUCUUUGUUCUAAUGUCCUGUUGUUGCAAGUAGAUGACCAUUACCAGUACUCUUUGUUAGAAAUAUGACAAGCAGCAAAUGCCAAAAGAAAAAGGAAAAACAAAGAAAAAGAAGUGGAUGGGAGGGGGGUGAAGGGUGGGGGUGAGGGGAGGGGGGCACCUAGAUUAUUACUGCACUAGUCUGGUCUGGUAGGAAAGUAAAAGGAAUAAAAAGCCUGAAUCUCCCAAAGCAGAUUGACUCACUUUUAUUUAACAAAAGUCACUGCAUUGAUUCUCGGCUGUGAGAAAGUGAUGGAGGAGUAGGAGGGAGCGCUGGUGCUCCGCGCCAUCCAUCUUCACUUAACAAAUCGCUGCUUGGGUACGUGAGUGAGCAAGAUGCUGUGCAGAGGGAAGGAACUCACUCUUCCCCAGAGCAAAGUGGGAGUCAUCUGAGAAAACGUUAUUCCUUCUGUCGUAGUUCCUUCUCCAGUCUGCUGAUGAGCCAUUACAGCUAUCCUCAGUGCCUUAGGACAGGCUGUGAAGUCCCAGUGUAGCCUGUGGGGAAUAUCUAUAGGAUUCUCGAGUACUUGAUCUGCCGAUGCUUGAAGCUUUCUGUGACGGAGGAGUUAACCAAAUAUACUGCUAUCAUUUCCUAAGUGCAUGCCCUUUCAUUCUGGAAAAAGCCUGUAUGUAGUUCUGGGAGACUGCUGUGUGUAAAAGCUCAGCUUUGUCAGUAAUUACAUUAUUUAAUAAGAUUUUCUACUGCUAAAAUUCUGCUGCUUCUAAUCUGCUACAGAUGCAUGUUCUUCGUUUCGAACAGGUCAGUGUUCAUUUCUGUUAGUUUCCCGUGGGUGUCCAAAAGGGCUGAGUAAAGCAGCCACGUUGGUGUUAGUUCUGCUCUUGUACUGCUGUGGUUCGGUCGCUCAGCAGAAGUCGGGGUUAGCAUUUGUACUGCACAGAGCGAACAGCACAGGUUCUUUCUGAAGGGUCAUGCAGGCUGCAGGUGUGUGAUGGAAGGGGGAACCUUCUGUGGCCCUCUCCUCGCCACAGAGCAACAGUGAUUUUUUUUAAAACACAGGAAAUGGAUAAUGUUUACUACCAAACUAUAUAUAUACAUAUAUGUCUAUAUAUAUAGACACAUACUCAUAGGCCAUAUUUUGGACCUAAAUUACUUGACAGUGUCCCUUUUAGCAUGAAUCCUUUGGUAUGUUUUACCGUUCACGUAACAGACGAUGAAGGAAUCAGCUUGUAAUGGUAUACUAAUCAGCAUUGACAUUUUCUUCUUUUGAUUUGAGAACGAAUUGCUCACAAAUGACAAGGUUUAGAGAGAAGGAUUAACGACGUGUAUUGCUGUACGCUGGUUUACAAAAUACAUAAACAAAUCGGAUGAUAAAGGAAUCAUGUUCAUGAUCUCGUGUCUCCUAGUAUUGUCUCGAGGAAAAUUGUGUUGCAGGAAGAAAACAGGACAAGAAAGUAUCCGCAUGAAUUAACGCUUGCCUUUUUUUUCCCAUUGUACUUGCUGGUUUUUUGGAUGAAGGGAACUUUUCAUUGUUCAUUGGGAAGUACAGUAAAAUCUUGCUAAUUCGCUGACUGCUAACCAGAGCAUCCCAUAGGUUUAUAUGUCCCCUAUGGUCUCUCUCUUCCCACCUCUCUGCGAUGUUCUAAAAAGUACAGUAGCGAAGUCUCGUACGAGUGAUACUGUACUGCUUCACCCGAGUAUACAGCAUCAUCUAUGUUAGUAUACUGGGAGGUACAAGAAGCAUUGCAAACUAAAUCACAGUCGUCAAAAUAAAUGAACAAAGUACCUUUUGUGAUGUGACAUCCUUGCUUUCAUUGCCUGCUUCUUCACUGCUUUCAAAAUUGUGAUUUCCGGAGGGUUUCUGAGUCACUGCUGCGAAUUAUUGGGGUUCUACUGUAACUUUUGGGAAGCAUUCAUGUUCUCCUAUGAAAACGUUCCACCUGGACGUAUACGUGCUAUUCCACACUUGUUCAGAAUAUUUUUAUGGUGUUUGUAUCACACGUAGUAACUAUUUGAAGCGAACCGGAAUAUUUGGGUGAAUUCACUCUGAACUUUGCAGCAUUGGAUUUCUUUACGUAUGUAUAUUUGCUAACUAAAUAGUCUUGGUUUUGAGAGCUUUGGUUUUUUUAUUUUUAUUUUUAUUCUUCUCUGUUGGCUCGUUUUAAUACCAUUACAAAUUGCAGGGAAAACCCUAAUGCUCCAGGGAAUACGUUUGACAAAUCUAAUAGGCAGCAAUCUGCUUCUGCAGUCGGUACCAGUACACAUGUGAACUUUCAGAUUGCAUGGUUGGUACUGAAGCGGGUUACUUGUUACACUCUGCUGGUUUUAAAUGUGUUGCGGAGAUGAAGCCGUGUAACUUUGAAAGUUCAUUCGACUUACGGUAAUGCAUGUUUGUGUUAGGCAUGUAAUGCAUUUAGCUGAAGCUCACUUGGCGAGGGGCAAGUACUAGGAAAGUAUUACUGCUAAUGAAAAGAGUUGUCUCUAAGUUAAAACUAAGACCUUUGUUCAAGUUUAAAUUGCUUUGUGUCAGGGAAAUACCUUUAUAGUCGCUUUUGCUCUACUCUGCGUGAAGAACCUUAUGUUUCCUUUUUAAAAUUGUAACUUUUGGUAGGAAACACAAACUGAGGCAAGCAAACAUUUCUGAGAGUUGUUUCUUGCUCUCCUUAAUCCAAUGGAUGGAAAGGUAAUAUUGUGUAAACAACAUUAUUUUAUUUUUUUAUGCAAUAUCGUGCUGUAAAUAUGAUUUAUCAAAUAAGGAUGUACCUAUGAUUGAAUCUUUGAUUCUGCACAGUUAGAGUUUAUAUAUAAAUAUAAAUGUGUCUUGACAAUCAAGGACUUAUGUCAGUCUUCCUUUAUGAUGUUUAUUAUUGUUAUGCAUUCCAUUUGUUUGAAUUGAGUACCGAUGUGGAGAUUUGUAUUGUCUGUAAAGUAUGUAAUGUUUUUAUAGCUUGUUUAAAGAAGAAACAACAAAUGCUGUAAAUAGAUACGGACUGAUGGCAGUACCGCUCUGUUCGAAGGCGUACGAUGUUGUACUGUUUGUAAGCAAUAAUACACGACAGUGCUAACUUUACGAGUAGCAUAAGGAUAAGUUCCAAAAAUACCUUUGGGGAGUUAAUAGCCUUGAGUUAAUGAGUAUUCUUAAUCGUUUUUUAUAAACAAAUUCAAACGUCCUCCUGCUGGAGUAGGUAACAUUGUUUACACAGCACAAUCUCAGUCACAGAGAGGACAGCCUUUAGAUCCAUGGCUUCAUCCGUGCACACUUUGAGUAAGAAAGGAAUGGCUUGGCUGCACUUCUGUGAGAGGAGGAAGACUGCAAAAGUCGAAUAGCUGUGUCUCUAAAGGAUGAGAGAUACUAUUCUGCUUCUGUGCUGAUUCCUGACAGUCCCUCUGCUUAAAUUUGGAGUCUUUAAGUCCUGAUACUGAACUGAUGAGACUUGGGCCUCCAGUAGGAAGGAGUAGUUCUCUCCGUAUUUCAUAUGCAGUUAAACAGUGAACUUACAAGUCACGUUGUUCGGUUGAGUUGCGUAUUUUUCCAGUUAUGAGCUACGAGAUGAUGAGUUUAUUCUGAUAAAUAAACUAAACGUCAAACUUAUAGUUUGAAUUGAGUAGGGAUAAGACUGUACAGAGCAGCGAAACUAUUUGAACGCAGUCAUCACUGCUUUAGAACCCCCCCCACCCCGAUUUAUAAAUGUAUAUGACCUACAUUUUAUAGAAAAGAAAAUGUUUUUAAAUGCUAGUCAUUUAUAUAAUAUGUGCUUUGAAGGAUUUGCUAGUCCACUUCUGUCACUUUUAGUACACUGGUAUCUUUUAUAUGUAAUGUAUGCUUUUUAUUAUUAUUGUAGUAAAGCAUUUCAGUAGGAGGAAUUUUGCAACAGUAUGAGGGGUUGAAAUUUUCCUUGUCAGAAAUGAAUUAUACUGGACUUUGUCUGUGUAGUCUUGUCUUUCUUUUAAUGCUGUCUGGAAGGGAGCUUGGUGUUCAAUAAAGCAAGUGACCUCCUUCUAUGUUGAAGGCAUACUCUGUAGCGCUGAGUCGGAUCUGGAAACGUGAUGGAUCUGAAGACAGAGCAAUCAGUACAAACUCUAAGCGUACAGAAGAAACUGUGCUCUGGAGAACCUGGCGAUAGAUAUCUAAUGGAACGCUGUUACGGUGCAUUUUCUGAGCUAGUGUCCAUAUGCCUUCUUCGUACUUUCAACUAAUAAGCAGAAAAAUCCAUAUAGAUAAAUUUAGGAUAGUAGGUUUAUUUCAAUAAUUAUACAGUAUUUCUUUAUCCUACGACAUCUAUUCCGUCCGUUUAUUAUUAGGCAAAAGGUCAUAACCUGAACUCCACCAGUAGAAGUAUGUAUAUAGAUAAGAGAUGGUUUUGUAGGAUCCGGGCAAGGAUGAAAUUUGUAUAUUCUUUAUGACAGAAACCAGGACGGGAGUCUGUCUGUAUUCCUGGGAGAUGAGUGUGUGUGUGUGUGUGUGUGUGUGUGUGAGUGUGCAUACGUGAAAGAUGCAUGGGUCUCCUGGCAAAAGUGAUACAAGUGUAAAAGGAUUUAAUGUAGCUCAACACAUGACUUAUGUUUAGUAUGUAAAAGAAACGUAUAAAUUUCAUAAUUCAAAAAGACAAAAAUAGUUUUGCAGGAAACAAAACUAUUUGGAUAGCAGGCUUGACCAAAUAAAUGUUUUGGUUAAACUUGAUAUAUUUUAAAUGAUUCUAUUUCUGCCUUUAUUUCUGCCCUAAAAGCAACUUAAAGUAUUUUGGGAGUUAACUCUUAUCUGUUCCUUUGACUGUGAGUGUAAUUUAUAUCAUGGUUUACAAAACGUGGCAUGAAGGAUCGGAUUGUUUUAUCUGUAUAAUACAAUGAAAGAUGGCUUUUUUACAUAAUCACGGUGAAUGGUAUUGUAUUCCUAGGAUUGAUUUAUUCAUUCGGUGACUUAAUGAGUUCCAUCACUUUUGACUUUUGUUCUUAUGGUUAACUUAGUCAUUUGGGGCUUAUAAUACCCUCCUAUGUAUUGUGAUACUAAGGGAAGUUAUGUUUUCGCUUUAUUUUUAAUUAAACUAAUAGUUUGAUAAUUUAUAUUUGCAAAUGAUGCAUUUUAAAUGUGGUCACUUGCUGUUUGAAAAAUAAAAAUAUAGAAUACUGUUUUA